GGGAGGGGGAGGGCGGAUCAUGAAGAGGCUACCAUUCAGGUGAGGUGCAGGUUCACUUCAUGUUCCCGCAGCGUUCCUUCCACGUCUCUUUUCUGCUCACUUAACAUUCACCAAACAUCCAUACACUCCAUCUGAGGGGCGGAAAAGGUGUUUAUGGUCUCGCAUAUUUCCGUCACUCUUCCUGUGGAGGUGGAAGGCUAUUCCGAGAGUCUAAGAGACACCAAAGAAGAAGCCACGCUUCAGUAGUGAGUGGCAGUUCUGCUGGGGAGGGGAGGGGAGGGGAAGGGAGGGGGAGCUGGAGAGCUGCUGCACUGCUCUGACCAGUAAAGGACAAGCAGCGUUAACAGAUUAUUUCAACAGGCUACUGAGGUUUGGGAUCAGACAUUAUCAUGGAUGUACUCGCCUUGGAGGCAAAGAAUGUGAAUGGGGCAGAACCCGAGAAGAAAUCUGCACCAAGGCCAAAACCUAAAGCUCCCAAAAAGGCCAAAAGGACUGUUCACUUUGAGGUGGAGAUCGUGGACUUAAAGACCAAGGAGAAACUCUUACUGCUGGAUAAGGUGGAGCCAACUGCCACUGUUUUGGAUAUUAAAUCUUUGUUUCACAAAUCGUAUCCAAAGUGGUAUCCAGCCAGACAGUCCCUGCGUUUGGAUCCAAAGGCCAAGUGUCUCAGGGAUGAGGAAAUUCUCCAGACGCUUCCUGUGGGAACCACAGCCAGCUUUUACUUCAGUGACCUAGGACCCCAGGUCACAUGGGGAACCGUGUUCCUGACAGAGUGUGCAGGUCCACUGAUCCUCUACUUAAUGUUCUACUUCCGCCUUCCCUUCAUCUACUCUCCAAAAUAUGACUUCACCAGCAGCAAGCAGUGGGUCGUACACUUGGCCUGCAUGUGUCACUCCCUACACUACAUCAAGAGGAUUUUGGAGACGCUGUUUGUCCAUCGUAUCUCCCAUGGGACCAUGCCUCUGAGAAACAUAUUUAAGAACUGUGGCUAUUACUGGUGCUCUGCAGCUUGGAUGGCGUACUACAUCAACCAUCCUCUCUACACCCCUCCUUAUUAUGGGCAGCAGCAGGUGAAUAUAGGACUUUACAUUUUCUUGUUCUGUCAAGUGGGGAAUUUUUCCAUCCACGUCGCACUCCGUAACCUCAAAUCUCCAGGUUCAAAAACCAAAAAGAUUCCUUACCCAACGAAAAAUCCAUUCACAUGGAUUUUUUGGCUGGUCUCUUGUCCCAACUACACAUAUGAGCUGGGCUCCUGGAUCGGCUUCACGGUGAUGACCCAGUGUGUGCCUGUGGCUUUCUUCACUCUUGUGGCCUUCAUCCAGAUGACUGUGUGGGCCAAAGGCAAACACCGCAGCUACUUAAAGGAGUUCAGAGAUUAUCCAAGCCUGCGCUCCUCCAUACUCCCCUUCAUCCUGUAGAGCCUGGCAAAGAAAACAAAGGCUUCUACACACAUCCAGCUCCUCUUGAUUGGGUCUUUUUUUAGGGACCCCUACAUCCGUUUGGAUGACAGAAAGUGUGUGCUGAGGUUAACAGCAUGGAUGCAUUUUGGUCACAUGAACUGCAUGUAACAUUUUCUUGCAUGCUACUCCAUAACAAGGAGUGACAGUUACAGUUUCUCCGAGUAUUGGACUGGUGAAUGCAGGAUUGUUACUGACAAAGGAAGCCUUCAGAGUUAAAUACAGCAAAGUCUUAAAUUGAUGUAUGUGAUCUCGAAGAGAAAGAUCAAAAAAUGUCCUUUUUAUUUUGCUACUUUGAUAAGUUGUCAAAUAUUUGAUGUAGAGUGCUGUUUAGUUGUCAAGAAAAUUAAUUAUCUUCAUAGCUCUUGGCAGCCUGAUCAGUGACGUUUCCCACAGAGCUGGGAAACGAAAGGGCUAAUCUGCAUUGUCAAACUAUGCAGCCUGGACCUGACAAUAGUGUGGCCACAUACAGCUCACUACUGGUCUGACUGUUCCAAGUGACCUUUACACUAUGGCAGUGCAGUUGGAUCUGGAUUAGAAAUUAUAUUCAGAUUCCCAUGUUUUCCACCAUGGGUGAGGAAAACACUUUUCUUUUUGUCUGUACAUGGAUCAAGUGUAUUUCUGGCAUAGGAAAAACUAAUAGAGAGAAAAAAGUUGCUGAUAGCCUGCACAGACAUGUCCUUCAAAAAUACACCUCUUAGUUACACAAGCUGAUUAUACUGCAAAAGGUAUUCAGCUGAAAAAGGUACAUUUUUGUUACAUAAUUGUGUAGUGAGUGCUUUUCCCCCAAUCUGUUAUUUUUGUGACCAUUUGUACAGCUACAAAGCAGUUGAAUAUCUUUUUGGUGUUUCAAAAAACUGGAUACAGGACAUUGGAAAGAUACAACCGAAACACAAACCACCAUUUCUAUUCCAUUUUUUGAAUGUGUAUUUCACAGAAGGCUGCAUCGACUGCACCUUCAGAAUAAAUGGGGAGGUUUGGUGUUAUACUCCUGCUGAAAUGUUUGUAUGAAGAAAGCAUUGAGUCUUGAGCAGGAAUUGUAUCUGCUGUGGAAAGUCUGCUUACAAUAUUUGAUUGAGACUGAAAGGGCCACCAGACACUCCCCUGCUGAAACAACUGCUUUUAGGUGAACUGUUGAUCCAAGGGCAAUAAACUGUAUCACAAAACAAACGUGA